UCCAAAUUUAUUCCCAUCAAAAUAAAAUAUCAUCAUAUUUUAAAAUUUUAAAUCAAUCAUAAACCCUAGAAGAAUUCUAAUCUGGGGGUGAGGAUGGCUUUGUCAGUAUCUGACUUACCUGCGAUGUAUACAUUGCUUUCAAAUUCACUUAGCGGCGACGAAUCCUUGCGUAAACCUGCCGAAUCCACACUCGCUCAAUCCGAAAACUUGCCAGGCUUUUGUUCCUGCUUAAUGGAAGUAAUCACCGCAAAAGACUUAGUAUCUCAAGCAGAUGUUCGGUUAAUGGCAUCAUUGUAUUUCAAGAAUAGUAUCAAUCGGUACUGGAGGAACAAGCGUGACUCAUCAGGUCUUACUAAAGAGGAGAAGUCACAUUUGAAGCAGAAGUUGUUGUCCCACUUGAGAGAAGAGAACUAUCAGAUUGCUUUAACAUUGGCUGUUCUAAUAUCCAAAAUAGCUCGCAUCGACUAUCCCAGAGAAUGGCCCGAGCUCUUUUCAGUUCUAGCUCAACAACUUCAAUCAGCAGAUGUUCUUGCUUCACAUAGGAUCUUUAUGAUUCUCUUCCGAACAUUGAAGGAGUUGUCUACCAAACGUCUCACAUCAGACCAAAGAAACUUCGCUGACAUAGCAUCCCAGUUUUUUGACUACAGCUGGCGUCUCUGGCAGAGUGAUAUGCAGACUAUACUAAAUGGCUUCACUUCACUUGUUCAAACGACAAAUCUAAAUAGUUCUCAUGAUGAACUUCACCUAACAUGUGAAAGAUGGUUUUUGUGCUCAAAGAUAAUUCGUCAGCUGAUAGUUUCAGGGUUUCCUAGUGAUGAAAAGUCACUGCAGGAGGUUCGGCCUGUCAAAGAGGUCUGCCCUUCGCUGUUGAAAGCAAUUCAGUCGCUCCUUCCAUUUUAUUCAUCUUUUGGAGAACAUUAUCCAAAACUCUUUGAAUUUAUCAGAAAGGCAUGUACCAAGUUGAUGAAGAUUUUAGUGGCCAUUCAGACAAGACAUCCUUACUCAUUUGGGGACCAGUGUGUCCUCCCCUUAGUGAUGGACUUCUGCUUAAACAAGAUCAUAGAUCCUGAACCCGAAAUAAUGUCAUUCGAUAAAUUUCUUAUCCAGUGUAUGUCAAUGGCAAAAAUUGUUCUGGAAUGCAAGGAAUACAAGCCAGUAAUGACUGGACGUCUGAUUGAUGAGAAUGUGGUCACUCUCGAGCAGAGAAAGAAAAAUAUUUCGGGGGCUGUUGCUGGUGUGCUCACAUCACUUUUGCCCAAUGAAAGGGUUGUACUUUUGUGUAAUGUUUUAAUAAGGAGGUACUUUGUAUUAACAGCAAGUGAUUUGGAGGAGUGGCAUCAGAACCCCGAGGCUUUUCAUCACGAGCAGGAUGCAGUUCUUUGGUCAGAAAAGCUGAGGCCGUGUGCUGAAGCACUAUACAUUGUUUUGUUUCAUAAUCAUACCCAACUGCUAGGUCCUGUUGUUGUUUCUAUUCUUCAAGAGGCUAUGAAUGGUUGUCCUCCAUCAGUAACUGAUAUUACUUCAGGGUUGCUUCUAAAGGAUGCUGCUUAUGGUGCUGCUGCAUACAUCUAUUAUGAGCUAUCAAAUUAUCUCAGCUUCAAGGAUUGGUUUAAUAACGCCUUAUCAUUAGAACUGACAAAUGAUCACCCCAACAUGCGCAUCAUACAUAGAAAAGUUGCCCUUAUUCUUGGUCAAUGGGUUUCUGAGAUUAAAGAUGAUACCAAACGACCAGUCUACUGUGCUCUGAUCAAGUUGUUGCAGAACAGAGACUUGUGUGUCAGGCUGGCAGCAUCGCGGUCAUUGUAUUUCCAUAUUGAAGAUGCAGCCUUUUCGCAGCAAGAAUUUUCUGAUCUUCUUCCAGUUUGUUGGAAAUUGUCUUUUAAAUUGGUCGAGGAUGUCCAGGAGUUCGAUUCGAAGGUUCAGGUUCUAAACACAAUCUCUGUAUUGAUUGCCUAUGUCGGCGACGUCAUUCCAUACACCGAUGAAUUGGUUCAGUUUUUUCAAAAGUCAUGGGAGGAAUCUUCUGGUGAAAGCCUUUUGCAGAUUCAGCUUUUAACUGCCCUCAGGAACUUUGUAAUUGCUCUUGGUUAUAAGUCCCCUCUGUGUUACCCUGUGCUACUUCCUGUUCUAGUAAGCGGACUUGAUGUUAACAGCCCUGAUGAACUCCUGGAGGAUAGUAUGCAGCUAUGGGAAGCCACAAUUUCCAAUGCCCCGUCAAUGGUCCCACAACUGUUGGGAUACUUCCCUUCUUUGGUGGAUAUACUGGAAAGAAGUUUUGAUCACUUGAAGGUUGCUGCCUCUAUCACCGAAGGUUACAUAAUUUUAGGGGGAACCGAGUUUCUGAGUUUUCAUGCUUCAAGUGUUGCUAAGCUUUUUGAUGAGGUUGUGGGAAAUGUCACUGAUAAAGGCUUACUUUCCAUACUUCCUGUCAUUGAUAUUCUCAUUCAGUGUUCGCCUACUGAUGGCCCACAAUUAAUCAGCAGUACCCUUCAGAAAAUGAUUGUUAUAUGCUUAACUGGAGACGACCGGGUUCCUACCAGUACAGCUGUAAAAGCAUCUGCAGCUGCCACUCUGGCACGGAUUCUGGUAACAAAUAUCAAUUUUCUGGCUCAGUUAGCAUCAGAACCAUCCCUUUUGAUGCUCCUUCAGAAUGCUGGCUUCCCUGCUGGAGAGAACAUUCUUCUAUGUCUAGUUGAUGUAUGGCUUGACAAGGUUGACAAUGUAAACUAUAUUCAGAAAAAGACAUUUGGAUUUGCACUCUCUAUAAUUUUGACAUUAAGGUUACCCCAAGUAGUUGAUAAGUUAGAUCAAAUACUAAGUGUAUGUACUAGUGUAAUUUUGGGCGGAAGUGAAGACACAACUGAAGACGAGUCCAGCAGUGAUAGUAUGAGCUCUAGCAGACCUCAAUUUCCAAGUAAAGAAUUCAGGAGGAGACAGCAGAUGAAGAUCUCAGACCCUAUAAAUCAAUUGUCACUGGAAAAUUCAGUGAAAGAGAACCUUCAGACUUGUGCUAGUCUACAUGGAGAGGCCUUCAAUACUGCCAUGGCUAGAAUGCAUCCUUCGGCACUUGCCCAACUAAAGCAGGCUCUUAAAAUGGCAUAGUUAUUCCAAUUUCAUUCUUGGAUUAUCCAUUCUUUAUCUUUUACCAAGUAGGACCAGACUCGGGGGAAGAAAUACCCACUGCUCUUUACAAGGGAAAAGCAUGAGGUGGUGUAUGGCGUUUGGGAUGCGGGUGGUUUACAUAUUUUUGUGGUUGAGUUUUGGGGCUGGAUUUCUUUGCGAUUGGUUUGGAUUAAGGUUGUGGUUCUUGAAGAUUGCACAGCAGCAGUGUAAAUAGUGUGGUCCUUCAUUUCUAUUUUUUAAAGGUGUGAGGGUCGGCAUAUUUCCUUUUCGGGGUUUUACACUUUUACUAAAAUGUUAUGGCAAAUGCGUUGUAAAACUAUAAAUUUUGGUUGCAGUUACUGCACCAUCAUUCAACUUUGUCAAAGCCGUUGGCUUAUUACUUGUAUCCGAGGAAUCUGGAAAUUAAUUGAAAUUUCUGUGCCAUUUGUUACGGGGCAUAUGAUCUUGAGUAAA